GGGCCCGGCGCGGGCGGUCACCGCCGGCCAGAGGAAGACCCGGCCCCGCCCCGCGGCCCCACUGCCAUGGCAACAGCCGGAGGCAGCGCGGGGCGGAAGUGCCCCGGCUCGCGGUGACGGCCGGCUCUGUGAGGGGCGGAAGUGCCGCGCUUUACGACCUGCGCCCUGGGGCAGGGCGGCUCGCGGAGCUGCCGGGACUUGUUCCUACCCACGUGUGCUGGCCGGGCUGGGCGCGCGGCGGAGGCCUGUGCUGUCUAUUCGGUGCCGGUUUCCCGGGUAGCUCGUCCCGCGGGACCUGGCUGGCCCCGUCGCCUGUGCGAUCCUGUGCCAAGGAGCCCAAGCCUGAGCCUGGCUCGUGUCUCCCCAGCAGCAGCUUCCUGGGGCUGCCGAUGGCGGAGGAGGAUUUGUUCCGCAGCGCCCACCCUGUGAGCGCCAGCGAGGAUGAGGGGGACGACAAUGAGGAAAGGCGGCAUCGUCAGCUCUUGGAGGCGGUCAGCUCCCUCGCUGGAAAGAAGCGGCGGAAGCUGGCUGAACGCACAGAGGCGAGCAUGCAGGUGUCAGAGUUCAACCUCAGCUGUGAAGGCAUCGGGGAGAAGCUGGUCCUGCCUGAGCUGCUGGGGUCCAUCCGGGCCUCAUCCUCCCUGGGCAUUGUGAAGAAGCAAUUGAAUAGAGUCAAGCAGAAAAAGUCCCUGGAGCUGCCACUCAGCAAAGAGGAGUCAGAGCGGGUUGUGAGGGAAGCUGCCUACAAUAAGACCUCGAAGGCCGUUGCCAAGUGGGAGCAGGUGGUUCAGCAGAACCGACGAGCGGAACAGUUGGUUUUCCCCCUCAAGCAGGAGCAGAUGGGGGUUGCACCCAUCGAGGAGGUGUUGACCGGCUGGAAGGCCCGAACGCCGCUGGAGCAGGAAAUCUUCAGUCUUCUCCAUAAGACGCAGCAGCCGGUGAUGGACCCGCUGCUGACGCCUCUGGAAGAGGCCUCUCUGCAGGCGAUGAGCCUGGAGGAGGCUCAGCUGCGCCGGGCAGAGCUGCAGAAGGCCCGUGCCCUGCAGUCCUACUAUGAGGCCAAGGCCCGUCGAGAGAAGAAGAUUAAGAGCAAGAAGUACCACCGAGUGCUGCAGAAGGGCAGGAGUCGCAAGGCCCUGAAGGAAUUUGAGGUGCUGCGGAAGCUAGACCCCGAGGCUGCCCUGACAAAGUUGGAGGAGAUGGAGAGAAGCAGGAUUAAGGAGAGGAUGAGCCUCAAGCACCAGAACAAGGGGAAAUGGGCCCGCUCCAAGGCCAUUAUGGCCAAGUACAAUUUGGAGGCCCGCAAGGCCAUGCAGGAGCAGCUGGCCAGGAACAAGGAGCUGACCCAGAAAGUCCCUAUGGAGCCAGAGGGUGAAGAGGAGGGUGACAUGGCUGGGGAAGACCUCCUCCCGGACUCCAUCAAUGAAGUGCAGCCCAGCAUGGACGGAGCCAACCCUUGGAUGUUGGGGAAACCCAGCAGUGAAGCAAAGGACUCUGGGACGCAGGAGGACCCUAAGGAUCCUACAGAGUCUGCUGGGAAUGAGGGAGAGGAGAUGUCAGAGGAGGAGAUCUUGUUACAAGACUUUGAGCAAAGACGAUGUACACGGCAACAACAGAUGGGGAGCACGGAGCCCGAGGGUGCUGGUGAAGCAGAGGAGCCACACUUGUUUGGGGAGCUGCCAUCGAAUGUGCAGAUGGGUCCUGGAGUGGAACAACCUGCCCAGGAGCCAGAGGGGCCAUUGCUGUCGGAGCAGUUGGGCAGGCGGCGCACACUGGAGGAGAUAGAUGCUCUGGGCCAGGAGGAGGGGGCGGAAGAGCAGGAGCGGCCCUGGCCCACUGGGACACUGCAGGAGUCGGAGGAAGAGGGCAGCGCUGGGAGUGGCCGCACGGCCAGGAAGGCACCUAAGCAGAAGAUGAUCAACCUGCAGGCUGUCUUGGCUGGGGAGUCCCACGUGAUCCAGUGUCCUGCCCAGCCAAUCUCCGUGCAGCACGAGGAGGAGGAGGAGGGUGCAGACCAGAGGCUGGUGAUCAAGGAGGCCUUUGCGGGGGAUGACGUCAUUGCUGACUUCCUGCGGGAGAAGCACAAGGUGGAGCAGGCGGGGAAGCCGCAGGCCGUGGACCUGGUCCUACCCGGAUGGGGCGAGUGGGGCGGCACGGGGCUGCGGCCUAGCGCCAGAAAGAGGAAGCGGUUCCUCAUCAAGCCAGUGCCAGGGCCACCCAGGAGAGAUCGGCACCUGCCCCAUGUCAUCAUCAGCCAGCAGCGCAACAUCUUGGCUGCAGCACACCAGGUCAACGAGGUCCCUUUCCCCUUUGAUCGCCGCCAGCAGUUUGAGCGGAGCAUCCGGGCGCCGGUGGGGCCCACGUGGAACACACAGCAAGCUUUCCAGAAGCUGACAGCCCCCCGCAUCCUCACCCAGCCAGGCCACAUCAUCCAGCCCAUAUCUGCCGAGGACGCCAGCCCCCAGAGCACCGUGCCCACCCGCGGAGGCAGCACUGCCCUGCCGCCCAUGCCCCAGCGUUCCAGGCACCACCAGCACCCCCACAAGAAAGCUCGCUAGGCCAGAGUGGCCAUGCUGCUUGUGGCAGCACAGAGACUGAGGGUGGCUGUGAAGUGCGUGGCCAGGCCCUGGUGGGGCUAGGAGCUGCUUGGUGAGCAGGUGGGCCGGGCGGGCCCUAAAUGAGGGCAGAGGAUACCAUGCCAUGUCCCUGCCUUCGAGGCAGGGGCACUCUCCUGCGAUCACACAGUGUGCUGCAUUCAUCUGGAACCAGAGCUCCGUCUCCAAUAAAUGCCCUGGCAGUAGG